AUGAAUGAUCUUUACAAUGAAAUAUUUUAAAAUCAAGGAGAAGAAGUUGAAAAUGUUUUUAGUUCUUCUCUUUUUUAGGAAUAUUUGAGGACAAAGCUUACUCAGCUUUUUGAUUAAAUUGAAGGAAAGAAGCAUUUAAUAUUUGAUGACUAAGUUAAAGUGGCUUUAAAUUUGACUUUAGAAUCUAGCGCUCUUAGCAAACUUUAAGUAGAGGUUAUCUCUCAUAUUAACAAUACUUAGCCUGAAAAUUUAUCUGCAGAUAAGAUCAUAAUAUUUAUUUAGCCUAAUGUUGAGUACUUAGAUUAAAUUAAAGAAUACUUAGAUAAAGAAAAUGCACCUAAGCCAAAUUAAGGUAAAAAAGCAGCAGCAAACGCUUAAUAGCAACCAAAGAGAGAAUUUUAUUUAAUUUACUGGCCUAAGAGGACUACUCUAUGCAAGGAAGCCCAGGACGAAAAAGGUAUUACAGAUGACCAAAUAAGAAUUAUUGAUUUUAGUUUUGACUUAAUACCUAUUGACUAAGAUCUCCUUUCUUUGGAAAUGCCUAGUUCUUUUAUUAGCAUGUAUUUAGAUAAUGACUUUUCUACUUACUGCUAUGUUGCUGAAUCAAUAUAAAGGCUUUAAAUUAUUUAUGGAAAGAUACCAAAUAUAUUCUUAAAGGGAGAUGGUGCAAGUAUUGUGAUGGAUAUUUUGAGUGCUGAUGAAGAAACUAAAGGAAUUAACCAAGAUUACUCAUAAAGCGAGUUCGAAACAAUGAUCUUAUUAGAUAGAAACAUUGAUUUUAUUACACCUUUAUGUUCAUAAUUGGUAUAUGAGGGUUUAAUUGAUGAUUUUUAUGGUAUAAAUGGUAAUUUGCUAAGAAUUAGCGAUGGAGCUCUUAUCGGCCUUUAAGCUGGUAAGCCAGUACUUAUGAAGUUGUCUAGCGAAAAUAAUACAAUUUAUUCUUCUAUAAGAGAUUAGUAAAUUUCUAAGUCGAGAGAGAUUGUUACAAGCUCUGCUUUAGAAUUACAAAGAAUUAAAGAUACAAUAUAAAAUUAUAAGUAAAAUAAAACAUAAGAUGAUUUGUAAAAGUGCAUUAAGAUUGUUGAGAAGAUAACAAAAGACCAAAAACAUAUAGAAGAUCAUGUAAAUUUACAGUGCAGUAUUGUUGAAAAGAUGAGAACAAUAGAAUUUUAUAAAGAUUUAAUGAUAGAGUAAAGUACUAUUCUAGGAGUUAGUUCUUCUUAAGCUCUUGAAUACAUUGAAAUGAUAAUAGGUUUAGGAGCUCCUUUAGAAAAGGCUUUAAGAUUGUUGUGUUUGUAGUCCUUGGUCGACAAAGGUAUCAAACCAAAAUAAUUUGAUGACAUCAGAAAAGAAAUAGUUCAUGAAUAUGGUUUUAGACAUUUAAUUACCAUGAUGAGGUUGAAUUAAAUUGGUAUUUUAAAUAAAUAAGAUGGCAGUAAAAAUUAUUGGCCAAAGCUGAAAGAGAACUUAAAACUUGUAGAUGACGAGGUAGUCAUAGAUAAUCCUCAAGAUCCUGCUUAUGCCUUUUCAGGUUAUUGUCCUCUAACAGUUCGUUUAGUUGAACAUGCUUUGAAGAGACAGACUUGGAAACACAUUGCUGAAUACAUUAAGAAUGUGCCAGGAAAAUAAGAUUUUCCAGAGCCUUCAAAGUACAGUAAAUUACAAAAUAAAAGUGCGAUUUUGGUUUACUUUAUUGGAGGUGUAACUUAUGGUGAAAUAUCUGCUAUCAGACUUCUUUCUAAGAUUACAAAGAGAGAAAUAGUAGUUGCUACUACUCAUAUAACAAAUAGCAAAAAAUUAAUUUAAUCUGUUAUGAAAAACGAUGUAGUUUGA